UCUCUACCAUACACUACCAUUCUUCAUCUUCUCCUUCUUCUUCUUCUUCUCUCUCUUAACACUAUUAACGCCCACACACACACCAACCACGCCAUCGCAAACCCUUUCCUUCCUUCUUUCAUACUUAGGCUUAGUCGGCGGUGCCCGCCUCACUCGCUCACACACAUGUCGUCCUCCGGCGCCGGCAGGUACAUGGCCUUCCCUCCGUCGCCGUCGCCCUCCCCCUCAGCCCCUCACUCCCCUCACAUCUCCGGUCUCCGCUCUCCUGCCUCCUCCGCCCUCCUCGAGCACGACAAAUAUCUCACUGAGUUAUUGGGAGAACGUCACAAGAUCAGUCCAUUCAUGGCUGUGCUUCCACACAGCUAUCGAUUGUUAAACCAAGAAAUUUUGCGUGUAACCACACUAUUCGGGAAUGCAUCAGUUUUAGGUCAAAGUGGGCUUGAACAUGCUAGCCCCCUGGCUACCGGAGGAAUAUUUUCAAAUGGAGGUGCCGAUGUGAAUGGAUGGGCAUCACGAUUUCAAUCAGAAAUGCCAAGCUUGUUACAGUCUUCAUCAACACAAAACUGGCUGAGUCCACAAGGUGGCUCAUCUGGUAUUAUCGUUAAAAAGACAGUCAGAGUUGAUAUUCCUGUGGACGCAUAUCCAAAUUUUAACUUUGUUGGUCGCCUCCUAGGGCCCAGAGGAAACUCAUUAAAACGCGUAGAAGCAAGUACAGACUGUCGUGUCUUGAUCAGAGGCCGAGGUAGCAUUAAGGAUCCAACCAGGGAGGAAAUGAUGAGAGGGAAACCUGGAUAUGAACAUCUGAAUGAACCUCUCCAUAUUCUGGUAGAGGCAGAAUUACCAGUCGAAAUCAUAGAUGCUCGCCUGAUGCAGGCACGUGAAAUACUUGAAGAUUUGCUUAAGCCUGUGGAUGAAUCUCAGGAUUUCUACAAGAAGCAGCAGCUGCGGGAACUAGCAAUGCUCAACGGCACUCUUCGAGAGGAGGGUUCUCCAAUGUCUGGUUCUGUUUCACCCUUCCACAACAACCUUGGUAUGAAAAGGGCCAAAACCAGGGGGUAAUGUGUUCUAAGAGCUUGUGUUAAUUUUAUACAAGAGCACAUAGCAUGCUACAGGUAUUGCUGUUCAGCGGGUGCCCCGAGCUGCAUCACCGUCGGGGCACUGGCACCACAGUGCCAGUUCUAACUUGUUCUAUGUGCAGUGUGUUUAUAUUCCGUUUGAGAGAGGUUUAAGUAUGGUAGCACGUAGUAAUGGUCCACUUGAGUUUGGUGAAUUCGCUAUUUUGAGUUGAUUAGGCGGUUUGCUUAGAUAUUCAUCAAAUGUGUUUAUAUAUGGCUUAUAUUUUAAGCUUGCGAUGACAGUUUUGGUAUGCUGUUGGAAUUGUGAGGAAGAUACUGUGUCAACUGUCCCCUGCUUUUGAGGCACAUAACAUAAUAUCUACUUUAAUUCGGGUAUGCUAUGUAUGGGUCAUGUAUUUGUAAUCUCAGCUGUAGAUUAUCAUUGUCAAAAUGCAUCUCAUUUUCUAUUGUCCUUACGAUUA